AUGUUGUUAAACGUUUUUUUAAUCAAUUCCCAUGGCUCCUUGCCUACCUGGAGCGUUUUCCUUAACCGAAUUGGCCCCGUGCUUCUUGUGAGACCGAAGUUCUUUCCAGCCACGUUAUCAAAGUCGUAAACGUUUACCGUAUAAGGGAAGGACUGUUGCGGUUGCUAAAGCCUGGAUCAAAGAGCGCACAAGCAUGCACAGGGCAGUAUCCCUGCUUAUAUUAGAUUAGCUUUUCCUUACUUAGAUCCUCAAGGAAUAUUUUGCAUUUUCCCAUAGAAAUUAACGAGUUCCAUUCUUAUGAGAACAACUCGGCAUGUAAGGAUCUAAUCGGUGAAUUCUUCUGCACGUGUCAACUCGGUUUCACUGGAAAAUAA